UUCUCAUGCCAUGAUUAUUGAUAUGAUUCCUCUAAUAUCUUGACUCACAACUCCUACCUCCUCUGCCUAAUCACCAUCUACAUACACAGUGUACACAGAGUCAUCACAUUGGGCAUGCCACUACCCAUAAACAAAGCCCACACUACACAUCCCCUUCAGCCUCUCACACCUCAUAUCCUUAUCUCUCAACCCCAGCCCCAAUCUGCAUUCAUCGUACAUCCACCACACCCUCGUCCCACACACCCCGCAUGCACAUCUUUCGUGCAGCAAUCAAUGUUGGAAAGACGUGGCAUGCUAUGCCUAAUCAUACAUUGCCAUAGGUGCGUUUUCUCCACUCACUGUGCGCACCCGUACACCCAUACAUCACUACACGAGGGGGAUGUGUGUGUGCGGACGAUGGUGAAGAGAUUGAGACGGGUAGGGAAGGGCAAGGGUGAGGGUGGUGAUCGGUAAUCCUGUUUUCCCCACACAAGUCUAUAUUCACGC